AUGGCCAGCACCAGCACCAGCAUAACCUCUUCAACUCCAAAAAGAAAUUAUUACUAUGAUGUGUUUGUGAGCUUUAGAGGUAAAGAUACUCGCUUCAACUUCACUGAUCAUCUCCUUGCUUCCCUCCAAAGAAAAGGUAUUUAUGCAUUCAGGGAUGACACUAAGCUCAACAAAGGUGAGUCCAUAGCACCUGAGCUCCUUCAAGCAAUCGAAAACUCUCAGAUUUUCAUCCUAGUUUUCUCUAAGAACUAUGCUUCCUCAACUUGGUGCUUGAGAGAAUUGGAACACAUGCUUCUUCACUGCCGUCAACCAUCGGUAAAACGUAUUCUGCCUGUUUUCUAUGAUGUUGAUCCUUCUGACGUGAGACAUCAAAAAGGUACUUAUGGUGAAGCCUUAGCUAAACAUGAACAAAGAUUCCAACAAGAUUUUGAGAAGGUGCGAAGAUGGAGGGCAGCUCUAGCACAAGUCGCAGAUCUCUCUGGCUGGGAUGUGCGUUAUAAACCACAACAUGCAGAGAUUGAAAAGAUUGUUGAAGAGAUUAUAAAUAUCUUAGGUUACAAGUUUUCAAGUCUUCCAAAGGACUUAGUAGGGAUGCACUCUCCUAUACACGAAUUAGAAAAGCAUUUACUUUUGGACUCACUUGAUGAUGUCCGCGUUGUAGGAAUUUGUGGGAUGGGUGGAAUAGGAAAGACAACUCUUGCUACUGCUUUAUACAACAAAAUCUCUCAUCAAUUUGAUGUGUGCUGCGUUAUUGACGAUUUAAGCAAAACUUAUAGGCAAGAUGGUCCGAUCAGUGCACGAAAUCAAAUUCUACUUCAAACUGUUGGUGAUCAACAGCUUCAAACAUGCAAUUCUUACGACACAUCUAACUUGAUACGAAGUAGGCUACAACGUGUAAAGGCCCUUAUAAUUAUUGACAAUGUUGAUAAUGUUGAGCAACUUGAGAAAUUAGAUGUGGAUCGUGAAUGGUUAGGUCAGGGGAGUAGAAUAAUUAUAAUUUCUAGAGAUGAGCAUAUAUUGAUAGAGUAUGGAGUGGAUUUUGUUUACAAAGUUCCACUCUUGAAUGAAAAAAACUCUCUUCAAUUACUAAGUCGAAAAGCUUUUAAACUUGAUCAUAUUGUGAGUGGUUAUGAUAAGUUGGCAUUUGACAUACUACAUUAUGCAAAAGGCUUGCCACUGGCAAUCAAAGUAUUGGGUUCAUUUUUGUUUGGUCGUAAUAUCUCUGAAUGGGAAAGUGCAUUGGCCAGAUUGAGAGAAAGUCCAAACAAAGAUAUCAUGGAUGUGUUGCGAUUAAGUUUUGAUGCUUUGGAGAAAACAGAAAAGGAAAUAUUUCUUCAUAUUGCCUGUUUUUUCAUCUUUGGCAAUGAAGAAUAUGUUACGAAUGUUCUUAAUUGUUGUGGAUUUCAAGCUGUUAUUGGAUUGAGAGUUCUAAUUGAUAAAUCACUUAUAAGCUCAACAAGAUCUUAUAUUGAAAUGCAUGGUUUGUUGAUUCAAUUGGGCAAACUAAUAGUUCAAGAAAAAUCAAGAAAGUGGAGCAGGGUGUGGCUCCAUGAACAGUUUUACAAUGUUGAGUCGAAGAAUAUGGAAAAGAAGGUUGAAGCCAUUUGUUAUGAAAGACCUAUUCAUCUAAUGACCAUGGGCGACAUGUUGUCAAAAAUGAGUCGUCUAAGAUUGCUCAUAAUGAAGGGAGAUAAAUUUUUAGGAAACCUCAGUUGUCUUUCUAAUGUGUUAAGAUAUGUGGAGUGGAAUAGAUAUCCUUUCAAGUAUUUGCCAUCAAAUUUUCAACCCAAUCAACUUGUUGAAUUGAUCUUGAGGUCCAGCAACAUCAAACAACUAUGGAAAGACAAGAAGUAUUUUCCUAAGUUGAGAAGUUUGGAUUUGAGCCACUCAAAAAAUCUAAGAAAGAUGCCAAAUUUUGGAGACAUCCCAAAUCUUGAGCGACUAAGUUUUGAAGGAUGUAUAAAACUGGUGAAGAUGGAUCCAUCUAUUGGAGUUCUAAAAAAGCUUGUUUUCUUGAGUUUGAAAGAUUGCAAAAAUUUAGUUAGCGUACCAAACAACAUAUUUAGUCUCAGCUCUCUUGAAUGUGUAAAUCUUUCGGGGUGUCCCAAAAUGUUUAAGAAUCAAAGGAGUCUGAAUAUAAGUGGAAACGCGUCACAUUCCCAAUCAACAACGUCCUCCAUCUUGAAAUGGACAGCAUUUCGUUACCAUUCCUUGUACUCCCGCGCACACAAAGAUUUAGCUAGUUGUUUGUUGCCUUCCUUGCUUAGCUUCUGUAGCUUGGUUGAACUUGAUAUUAGUUUUUGUGGUCUAAGCCAACUCCCUGAUGCAAUUGGGUGUUUACGUUGGCUAGAAGAAUUAAACUUAGGAGGAAACAAUUUUGUAACGUUGCCUAGUCUGAAGGAGCUUUACAGACUUGCGUUUCUAAACUUGGAGCAUUGCAAACUCUUGGAAUCUUUGCCUGAACUUCCUUUUCCAGCUGCUAUCGAGCGGGACCUUCGAAAGAACAAAUAUAGGAAUAGAAAAGGAUUGGUCAUUUUCAAUUGUCCUAAAUUGAGUGAGAAGGAACUUGGCAGUACUAUCGAUUUUUCAUGGAUGACAGAGUUUAUUCAGGCAAACCAAGUAUUCUAUUCAAUUUAUGAAGAGAUUUAUUUUGUAGUUCCAAGAAGUGAAAUACCAAGUUGGUGCAACAAUCAGAGUGAGGGUCACUUAAUAAGAAUAGAUCUAUCUCCCAUUAUGCUCGACAAUGACAAUAAUAUCAGUGGCAUUGCUUGUUGUGCAAUAUUUUCUGUUGCACCUGUUGACCCAACUAUGACCACAUAUGCACAACGACCUGAAAUACAACUACUUAUUUAUAAUACUUUAAUUAAGAUUAGGUGGGAUAGGAUCAUUCCAAUAACUCUUGAAAGUGAUCUUAUUGAGAUCAAAUCAGAUCACAUGUGCCUAAUCUAUUACCCUCUGGAAUUAGUCUUUCAAUUUCUCAAGUCUAUAGACAAAACUCACAUCCACUUUGAUCAGUUUAAGCUGUAUGUUAAAAUUGAUAAUGGAAAAGGUACGGAACUCAAUUGUACGCAUUUGAAGGUUCAGAAGUGCGGGUAUCAUUGGGUAAAUAAACAAGAUUGUGCGCCGCUGCUGUAA